CCAGUCAAUUGACAACUCUUACACAAAUAAAAUUUAUAUUAAAAAACAGUUUCACAUACAAUUGGCUAUAAUGUUGUCUCAAUGAAUACAUAAACGAAUCUUAACUAAUCUUAAUUUUUCAAAAUCAAGCAGUAUUAAAUAACCAAAAUUUUAACGUAUAUAAUUUCCUGGUUUAAUUAUUUGGCAGCGCUUUUCAUCUAUGUGCAUUUCGCGAUCAGAGUUGAAAUUUCCCCUUCUACUAUAUUUAUAAACUGCAGGACUACAUGAAAUGGAUACUCAAUUUAUGAUCGAAUUUGGUUUUUUAAUUGUCGCUCUUCUAAUAACCCGAGUGUUGUAUCUAGUGCAUAAAGUAACAACCGGAUUUAGUAAAUAUACAAAUCACCCAAGAAAAAAUCCCUGCAAAACUGUGAUCUGUAUUGGAUCUGGAGGACAUACCACUGAAAUGAUUGCCCUGAUCCAAAAUUUGGAUUUCAACAAGUAUUCUCCCAGAUACUAUGUUAUGGCUAGCAAUGAUGAAACAAGUGAAAUUAAAAUUAAAAACUUGGAAAAUGAAAAAUCAGACAAGUUGGAUUAUUCUGUAAUUAAAAUUCCAAGGAGCAGAAUUGUUGGACAGUCAUAUAUCUCUUCAAUUUUUAGUACAGUUUAUUCGAUAAUUUAUUGUAUCCCAAUAGUAUUUAAAAUAAGGCCAGAUUUAAAUUUAUGCAACGGCCCUGGCACCUGUAUUCCCAUAUGUAUAAUAACUUUUUUAUUUAAUUGUGCAUUUUUAGCCUCAACAAAAAUUGUUUUUAUUGAAAGCAUUUGUAGAACAGAGUCCUUUUCUCUUAGUGGGAAAAUUUUAAUUUAUUUUGCAGAUAAUUUUUUAGUACAGUGGCCUAGUCUUAAGAAAAAGUUAAAGAGAGCCGAAUACAUAGGAAAACUUGUGUAGUCAAAAAAUUAUAUAAAAGCAGACAAAAUGGAUCACAGUAAAAUUGAUUAAAAUUUAGGAAUAUGUUACUAAAAGAAAUAUAAAAUAAACUUUAUUAAAGUGUUUGCUCAAUAACAGUGAAAAUUUAAUGAGCUAAGAAAAAUAAUGUACUACAUACAUUACAUACCACAUGGCUACCGAGUAAAAAUUGAUAUGACAUUGUUUACCAAUCAUAAAGUAGGACCAUACCUGAAAAAUACUUAAAACAUUCAAUAGAUGUCACAUCAGAAGUAAAACAACAGUAUCCGGAUAUGGUAUAUGAAUUUAAAUAACUUAAAAAGAACAAUUUGUAAAUAUUAAAAUCCAUAUUUAGCUCUACUCAUUAGCCUGUUGUUUUUGCUUGUUGCCCAAGCAGCUUUAUAUUCAUCUUCUUUUUCUUUAGCUAAUUGUGCUAAAUAAGUUAUGUGGUGCUUUUUCCUUCUUGUUGGAUCAACUGGUUCUUCAAUAGGACCUUUGGGAGCUGCCAUUUCUGGAUCCGUUAAUGAUUUAGUAAGCCACAAUUCACUAUCUGCUACAACAUUUUCUUCAGCAAGGUCCAUAAGUUUGAUUUUUCCAAUCGGUCGUUUCAGUGUUCCCAUUAGCUCUCUAAAGGCAUCAUUACUCAAACCAUCAUAUGGUUUAUCAGCUUCUGGAGCAAUGUUAAUACUUGGCUUGGUAUUGAUUUCAUUUAAUUCAACUGGAUUACUAGCUAUUGUUGAUUGAUUCUGUUUAGAACGCCCACACACUUUUUUCCACAAUUCAUCAUUAAAAGUCUCGGAUACUUUAAAGUGUUCUUGGUCACUAUCACUAUCACUUUCAGAUGUUACUUCCUUGGUUCGUAUUUUUUUAAUUUUGCUCUGCUUUUUACAAAGGUUAUUGGUUACAGAAUUUGAAACUGUAAGAGUUCUUUUUUUCAAUAUAUUGGGCACAAAACUUUUUGCUGUUAAUGGUGAUGAUGCAACUGGAGGCAAUAAUUGCACCAAGUUAUUACCCUGUUCGGAGAUUUUGACAUUUUUUGUUAAAGGUUCUUCACUGCCAUCCUGGUCAAAAUUUGCAAGAGAGGGAAUUGGAAUUUUAACUUUCUCUUUUAUUCUACUCUGUUUUUUAUUUAAAUGUAACUGGCUUUUGAAUAAAUCUUCACCUUCACUUUCACUGCUUAAGUCGUAAGAAACUAAUGCCAUUGCCAUAUCAGCCAAAUUCUAUUACUUGGUAUCGGUUUUAAUAUUUUUAUUUCAUAGAUACGAGACAUAUCUUGUCAAAACAGAA